AUGGCUUCGAUCUCGUCGCUGCCAAAAGAUGUCGUUUUGGAGUGCUUAGCCCGAGCCUCGAAACACGACCACCCGAACCUCUCCCUCGUCUCCACGACCUUUCGCUCUCUCGUCUCUUCGUCCGAGCUUUACGCCGCGGGGUUGCUCCUCGGCCGGACGGAGCAUUGCCUCUACGUGUGCAUACAUGUCUAUCCCGAGCCGAGCCCACGUUGGUACACCCUCCGUCCCACGAGAGCCGGCGAUACGAAAUUGGUCUCGAUCCCCUCAUCUCCCUCCGACCUUCCGAGCAAUUCAUCGGUUGUCACGAUCGGUUCGGAGAUAUUCAUCAUUGGUGGAUCGAUCAAUGGCGAGAAAACCUCGAGCUUGCUCGCUCUCGAUUGCCGGUCCCACACGUGGCGCCGCCUUCCUAGCAUGCGCAUGGCUCGAGGUGAGUCGGUCGCUUGUUUGAUCGACGGAAAGAUACAUGUCAUCGGUGAGGGUUUAGGGCUUGAAGAGAGACACGCCCUUUGCCGCGUGUCGGAAAUCGUCGUGUUCGAGGGGAGCAUGUACGGAAUGGCCGGUCGGACGAAGUGUUUCGCUUAUCAUGCGGAGGAUGGGAGUUGCGACGUCCACGUACCGGACCCAGACGGCUUGUCCGUCUGGGAUCAUAGCUAUUGCGCAAUCGGGAACGUGAUGUAUUCGUGCGAUUAUACCGGCGAGUUAAGGUGGUACGACCGAGAAGACGACGAGUGGAGGGACGUGAAGUUCCAGAGACCGCUUCGUAGGCCUCGUCUUCCUCGUCAGUUCAAGCUAUCAGAUUGUGGUGGCAAUCUCGUUAUUUUGUGGACGGAAUCCUUCAACGUGAUUUCCUGCUCGGAGAUCACGUGCGAAAGACGCAAUCGUAACGAAAUUUGGGGGGCGGUUAAGAGCUCUAACGUCGUAUUGACGGCCGAUUUUUAUAACUCCUCGGUCGAUAUUUUACAUUGCCAAGUUGUUACCAUUUAA